AUGUCCUACCAUGCUGGCUUGUUUGACGUCUCACACAUGGGCGUCCUCAAGGUGUGUGGUCCUGAUCGGGCUGAGUUUAUGGAGCGUCUGGUGCCGGGCAACCUCAAGAUUCUCAAGGAUGGCGCAUGCAGGCUCUCGGCCUUUCUCAACGCCGACGGAGGCAUCAUCGACGACGCCAUGUUUCAGCGCUUCGACGGCGGUGGCGACGACGGCGACGACGUGCUGAUGGUGGUCGUCAACGCGUCGCGGCUUGACGCUGACCUCUCGCACAUCGAGGAGCAACUGGCGCUUGCCGAGGAUCUCUCGGUGGCAGUCGAGCCGGUCAAGGGUCACUCGCUGCUGGCGCUGCAAGGCCCCGAGGCUGCUGCCGUCUUCGCCUCGCUGCUCGACACUGCCGACGCAGAGGCCCUGCCCAAGUUCAAGUUUAUGACCGGCCGCUCGCUCGAACUGGCCAACGGCAUGCCAGUCCACGCCACCCGCUGCGGCUACACCGGCGAGGACGGGUUCGAGAUCCUUGUCUCCAACGACUACGCCGAGGACCUUGCUCGCGCCCUGCUCGCCGACAACCGGGUCGCGCCGGCCGGUCUGGGCGCCCGCGACACGCUCCGCCUCGAGGCCGGACUCUGCCUCUGGGGCAACGACAUCGACGAGACGACGUCGAUUGUCGAGGCCGACCUCUCGUGGUUUGUGGGCAAGCGCCGCAAGGAUGAGGCCAACUUUAUCGGCGCCGAGCGGACGCUCCGCGAGCUCGCCGACGGCCCGUCGCGCCUCCGCCGCGGCCUUAUUGUCGACGGUGCGCCCGUCCGUCAGGGCGCGGUCGUCGUCAAUGCCGAGACCGAGGUCGAGGUUGGCGUCGUCACUUCGGGCGCACCGUCGCCCUCGCUCGGCAAGAACAUCGCCCAGGCGUACAUCGCCACCGACGCCCAGCUGGACAAGCUCGCCAUCCGUGGCCGCCGCGCCCUCCAGCCCGCCCACCACGUCCCCAUGCCGUUUGUCACCUCCAACUACCACAAAGUGUAG